AUGCGCCCCACUAAAUAAUAGGAUUAUUAAUUAAUAACUCCUCGAUCUCCAGAAAGGAUUCUCAAAAAAAGAUUAAUAAACAAUCAAUCUUAGUAUUUAAUGAAAUGGAAAGGAUCUGAAUAAACUACAUGGGAAUAUGAACAAAAUGUUAGACAUUCAAUUUUAGAAGAAUUCCUUUAGAAUUAACAAUCAUUUUAAGAGUAAAAAUAAAAAAAUCUUAAAAAUGCAGCAUAACAAUUACCUGUCAUGUAAUAAGUACAAUAAAGUCUCAAACAUCCUAGUUAUUCUGAAGAACUUCUCUUAAAUAAAUAAAAAGAAAUGGCCUCAAAAUUUUGUAGUUCUUACCCUCAAAAAUGUGAUGAAAUAGAUAGUGUUCAUUUAUUGUUAACAAAUGAAGAUUGUGUAUUUGAAGUUAAAUGGAAACCUAGAGCAGAUGGAGUAGUACCUAUUUCAGAUUUCUAUUAAUAUGAUUAAUUCAAAUUGGCAGCUCCAUUACUUUUUAUGAACUUUUUGGAAAAUUGUAUAGUAGGUCAUGAAAAUAAUACAGAUAUUAAAUUCUAUGCUCCUGGAAAAGAUAAUUUAGAAAGAGCAUAAUUGAUUAAAUCAAUACUACUUAGAAAUCCUAAAUAUAUUGAUUCUAACAAGCAUUCUAAUCAUACUCAUAUUGAAGAAUAAAAAUAAUAAGAUCAUCCUAAUCAAUAAUUAAAUAAAAAUACAAUUAUUAAUUUUACUUAAUCUGACAAUAAAAAAACUAUCUUAAAUUAACUUUCAGGAUUAACAGAUAAAAAUUAAUGUUUAUAAUUAGAUAAUGGAAAGAAAAAUCAUAAAACUUUAUAGGAAUCAUCAGAAAUUCAAUAAUAAUUAGAUUCUACUUCAUAAUAGGAACCUUAAUAAUAAUAGUCUAAUGAUGAUAGAGAACCUGGAGAAAUGGUGGAUCCUGAAGAAAAUCAAGUAAUUGAUGAAUAAAUAGAAUAGCGAUCAAUUUCUUUAGAACCUUAAAAAUGA